AGAUAUUUGUCUCAAGUUCACAUUUCUACUUUAUUGAAUGAUCAGUUUUUGGAUUGGAAUCUCCUUUGUUUGAUUUCUUCUUCUUUGUUAUUUGAGAAAACACGGAAGAAGAUACGUGUAAAUCCAUCACUAUCUUUGAAAUCGUUUAUGAACACACUAGCUUUGUAGAAAUUUUUCUGCAGUGUGUGUUACAUAUGGUGGAAUAUUCAAUAUUAAUAUAUAUAUGGGGAUAAUGAUGAUUGAUUUGUAAGAAGAGAACAUUCAUCGUUGCUGAGUACGAACAAGAAAGAUGGAACGUCUCUUUUCCUUUUAUUCAUUUCUUUGUUUUGUGUUGCUAAUAAGUCGAACUUUUUGUUCUUCAUUUGAGCAUCAUCUUUGCUCUCCCACUGAAGCUUCUGCUUUGCUUCAGUUUAAGCAAUCCUUUGAAGUUAAUUCCGGCUACUCCGACUGUUUUACUUCUUUACCGAAAACAAAGUCUUGGAAUGAGAGUAGGGAUUGCUGCAGUUGGGAUGGAGUCACUUGUGACUUAUUAAACGGUCAUGUUAUCGGGUUAGACCUUAGUUGUAGUAAGCUUGUUGGCACUUUUCAUCCCAAUAGCACCCUCUUCCAACUUCAUCAUCUCCACACACUAAACCUUGCUUACAAUGACUUCAAUUAUUCUUUAAUCCCACAUAACAUUGGCCGAUUGACGAAUUUGAGGCAUCUCAACCUUUCUGAUGCUUGGUUUCAAGGGAAAAUUCCAACGGAAAUCUCAUACCUUUCCAAUUUGGUUUCACUUGAUCUUUCUGGUAAUGAAUGUGAACUUGAUGAGAGAACAUUUGAAACAGUGCUUCGCAACUUCACAAAUAUGGAGGUACUUUCUCUCGUUCUUGUCAACAUCUCUUCUCCAAUACCUGUGAAUUUGUCAACCUCCUUGAGGUACGUUGAUCUUUCUGCUACUUAUCUGCGAGGUGUUCUCCCAGAGAGUCUUUUCCUUGUUCCAAACAGCUUGGAAAGUCUCAGAUUGAGUGAUAAUGAUCUUCUCAAAGGAGUUUUACCAAAGAUCCACGCGAGCAACACUGCUCUGUUGGAGUUGGAUAUUUCAAACACAGGCAUCUCGGGUGAGCUGCCUCAUUCAAUUGGCACAUGGAGUUCCUUGAAUAUCUUGAACCUCUAUGGAUGUCAUUUCUCUGGUUCCAUUCCUGAUUCCAUAGGCAACCUAACACUAAUUACAAAGUUGGAUUUAUCUUAUAAUCAUUUCUCUGGUUCCAUUCCUGAUUCCAUAGGCAACCUAACACAAAUUACAGAGUUGGAUUUAUCUUAUAAUCAUUUCACUGACCACAUUCCUUCCACAAUCUCUAAAUUCAAGCACCUCACACGUUUACAUCUUUCAUCCAACUCCUUCUCAGGUGAAAUUCCUGACGUUUUCUCUAACCUCCAACAACUACGUUAUUUAUAUCUUAAUGAUAACAGCUUCAUCGGUUCAUUUCCUUCCACAGUUUUAAACUUGACACAACUUGAUGCCUUCGACUUGUCGAGUAAUUCCCUAUCUGGCCCACUGCCUGGCAACACAAGCAUGCUUCCAAAACUAACUUCUUUGGAUUUGUCUUACAACUCACUGGAUGGUACCAUACCAUCUUGGGUGUUUAGCCUCCCUUUGCUUCAAUUGUGGCUCAAACAUAACCGAUUCAGAGGAAUAGCCGAUGAAGUGAUCAAAACAAACCCAACAUUAAUACACCUGUAUUUAAGCAAUAAUCAACUUAGUGGUUUUUUUCCUCAAUCACUUGCGAAUCUCACAAAUCUUUAUAUCCUUGACCUUUCAUCAAAUAACAUCACCGGUGAUGCGGUACCAAAUAUCACUUUUCCUAGUCUAGGAAUUUUGGAGUUAUCAUCUUGUGAACUGAAGGAUUUUCCACUUUUCUUGAGAAAUGUAAACACACUUGAGGCAUUGGAUAUUUCUAACAAUAAGAUUCGUGGUCAAAUCCCUAACUGGUUUAGUGGCAAGAGGUGGGAGUCCUUGUUGCACCUAAAUCUUUCGCAUAAUUCAUUAACAGGCCACCUACCACAAUUUCAUAAUUACCAUAGUCUAGAGUAUCUUGAUGUUAAAUUUAACUCCCUUAAGGGUCCACUACCUUCAUCCAUUUGUAACAUGAACAAGCUUGAAUUUCUAGAUUUAUCACACAACAACUUCAGUAACUCGAUUCCAAGUUGCUUGCGAAGCAUGGCUAGUCUAACGGUACUGGACUUAAGAAGGAACAAUUUCACAGGGAGUAUUCCACCAUUAUGUGCACACAACACUUCAUUGAGAACCAUUGUCCUGAAUGGUAAUCAAUUUGAAGGACCUGUCCCGAUGUCGUUGCUCAACUGUGAUAGUUUAGAAGUUCUUGAUUUGGGGAAUAACGCUAUAAAUGACACGUUUCCAGCUUGGCUAGGAACACUUGAACAACUGCAGGUCCUAAUAUUAAAGUCCAGUGUGUUCCAUGGACCAAUAAGUACUUGUCAGACUAAGUUUUGCUUUCCCAAGUUGCGAAUUUUUGAUCUUUCUAGUAAUGAAUUCAGUGGCUCACUUCCUGCAAAAGUUUUUGGAAACUUCAAGGCAAUGAUCAAAUUAGAUGGUGAAGACAGAGGAGAGAUCAAGUACAUGAAACAAGUUACGAAGUCAGCUUACACAUCAUAUGAGGAUUCAGUGAGUUUGGUGAUCAAAGGGCAGAAUAUUGAGCUACAAAGAAUCAGCACAAUUAUGACAACCAUAGAUCUCUCAAGCAACCAUUUUGAAGGUGUCAUUCCGGAAACACUAAAAGAUCUCAGCUCACUUUGGCUACUCAAUUUAUCCCAUAACAAUCUCAUAGGUCAUAUUCCAAUGGAACUGGGGCAACUAAAUAUGCUUGAAGCAUUAGAUCUCUCUUGGAAUCGUCUUACUGGAAAGAUACCAAAGGAAUUGACAACAAUGAACUUUCUGGAGUUCUUAAACCUCUCUCAAAAUCAUCUCAUCGGACCAAUUCCUAUCGGUCCACAAUUCAACACAUUUGAAAAUGAUUCGUAUGGUGGAAACCUUGAUUUAUGUGGUCCUCCUUUAUCAAAGCAAUGUGGAACGAGUGAUCCAUCACAUGCUCUUCAGCCAUUAGGGUCUGAAGAAGAUGAAGACGAGUCAUAUUUUUUUAGUGGAUUUACGUGGGAAUCCGUAGUCAUAGGCUACAGUUUUGGACUCGUUGUUGGAACUGUCAUGUGGAGCCUCAUGUUUAAAUAUCGUAAGCCAAAAUGGUUUGUCAAAUUUUUUGAAGGCAUUUUCCCCAAGAAAAUGAGAAGGUCACAGAAGAGAAGGCUGAGACUGCGAAUUUAAUUGAAGAUUGAAAGUAAUGUUGGAAUUAUCCCAAUCACCUCUUUCUGCAUUUUUUGUUCUGCUAAUGAGCUAACAAAGUUUCAUAUUAGUAGUUGAAAAGAAAUAUAAAUUACUAAGUAUCAUCAGAA